AAAUAUGACAACUUGAUGCAUCCUCAUUUUUAUUUAUUCCAUUUACGGAGAUGCUGGCGACAGCAUGCACGCUGAGCUUCUACCGCUCCGCUCCGGAGCAACGCGUGUCGUUAGACGACUUUCAAGAGCUUGGGCAAAAGCGCGUCAAGCUGUUGAGUCAGAUCAGUGCACGAUGGAGCUCGUAUUCGACACACAAGCCAACAAAGAGUCUAUUAAACGAAGCCGCGGAAUUCCAGGAAGGCACUGAUGCCGACCUGCUGUCUCAUUACGCCCUACGACUAGCAUUUUGCAGUUUCUUUCGUUUGUGCAAGGACACAGAGUCUCAAGCCGAUGGGAUUGGCUGGUCACUGCUGAAUCCAAACUCCUUGCGACUCGUCUUAGUAAAUUGCCGCCAUACACAUCCGUGGCAUUGCUAAAGCGCGAAGGAAUCAAGCAUGAACUACUAAACGAAGACAACCCCGAUAUGGAUAUAACCCAGAGAAGCAUCUACCGCGUCCCUUUCUCGGAAGCACCAGGGUUGGUGAAACACCGAGAGGUUGUUAUUCACGACGGAUUCUGCUUGGUACCUCUUCGCAAGAUGAGCGUCGUAGCUGUGUAUCACUUCAGACGAUGCUUGGAAGAACAAAUGCGAGACUUGCAGUGUGCCAUUCCUGCGCAAGUGCCCGAGUUGGAGCGGUUGACGCCGAUACUCGAUGGAUUUGUCGUGGAAGCGCGUGUCUUGACAGGAGCAGCGAGUUCAAUGACGAAGAAAGCUGACAGGCCAAAGCUGGAAGUGAAGGAGAUCGACCAGGUGGCAGAGAAGCAUUUCCCGUUGUGUAUGAAGCAACUGCACCGCAAACUACGAGAGAAUCACCAUCUCAAGUAUGAUGGUCGCGUACAAUACCGAAUGUUCCUCAAAGGCGCGGGCUUCUCGGUGCACGAGUGUAUCCAGUUUUUCCGCUCCGAGUUUAUCAAGACAAUACCCGCUGCCAAAUUUGACAAGGAGUACACUUACCACAUCCGCCACAGUUAUGGACUCGAAGGUUCUCGGAAGGACUACGCGCCUCUGGAUUGUGAGCAGAUUAUCUCCGGUGGCGCUCCCAGCCAUGGACAAUAUCACGGAUGUCCGUUCAAACACUGGGGCCGACCGGCCUUGCAAGAAGAGUUACGUCGUCAUGGGUUAUCAUUGCAAGCGGCAAUGGAAAUUACGCAACAAGCUUCUACAGGCAAUUGCCAGGGUGCAUGCAGAGCAUUUUUUGAGGCGACACACCCUUCCACGGCGUCACCGGCUCAAUUUGCUUUCAACGCUGCACACUCAAGUCGCACAGACGGUUCUGCAGUGCCAGAUCGAGUCCCUCGUGCAAAUAUCGUGAUGCAUCCCAACACUUACCUGGAUGCGAGCAUGCUUGCAAAAUUUUGACUGACAAGCUAUGUUUUCGGAUAAAUGCAACUUUUUUUUUGCUUUGAUUGGCCAGUGGCAAA